UUUAGUGCAGAAGUUGGCGCGUGGACAAAGUCAGGUUAUAAGGACCUCGUACAUUUGGGCGAGAAAAUUAAUAAACAUGAAAACUCUCUUGCUCACAAAAAUGCCAAUAUUGAACUUACAUUGUUAGGUAGAAUAAACAUCAGUACAUAGCUAGACAGUGCUUACAGAGAGUCUGUUAAAAAAAUAAUGAACAAGUGGACAGGAACAGAUAUAUUGUCGGUAGACUGAUAGAUUGUGUAAAAUUUUGUGGAGCAUUUGAACUGGCGUUAUGAGGGCAUGAUGAAAGUGAAACUUCUGAAAAUCCUGGUGUCUUCAGGGGCCUCGUUAAUUUGUAAGCUCGAUCGACAUUGCAAUUAAAGAACACUUAGAAAAUGCCACUGUGUUUAAAGGUACUUCAAAGACGAUCCAGAAUGAAUUGUUAGAAUGCAUGUUGUGUGUUUGCAGGGAAAGAAUUUCAGAGAUAAUAAAACAAGCAAGUUAUUUAGCUGUAAUGGUAGAUGAAACCACUGAUGUGUCCACUUCACAACAAAUGGUAUUAGUAUUUUGAUACGAGAGAAAUGGCAUAAUUUUUGAGAGAUUUUGGGGUUUUUUUAAUCCAGAAGGUUUAGAUGCUGAAUCUAUAUAUAAAGCUGUUUAUUCAGAAGUAGACUCGCAACUGGGAGAGAACAAGACAAAAUUAAUUGCGGAGUGCUAUGAUGGUGCUGCUGUCAUGAGUGGCCGUGUUAAUGGAGUGCAAGCAAAAAUUAAAGAACAGUAUCCUUUUGCGUAUUACAUUCACUGCUAUGCUCAUCCGUUUAAUUUAGUUUUGCAGAAAGCUGCAGCCAUAAACAGUUCUGUGAAAAUAUUUUUCUCUAAUUUGUCAGGUUUCCCAGCAUUCUUUACUCGGUCUUCGCAGAGGACAAAACUACUUGACAGUGUUGUGAAAAAGAGACUUCCAAGAUUGGCAGCCACAAGAUGGGUUUUCAACAUUCGGGCAGUUAACACUGUAUUUGAGCAAAAGAAUGAGCUGAUUGAGUGCUUAGAAGAUAUCUGUAAUUCAGAGCAAGUAGAAGACAAAACACGACGAGAAAGCAGUGGACUUGUUUCUAAUUUACACGAUCCGGUAUUUUUAUUUUGGCUUGAGUUUUUUUAUCGUAUCAUGCCGCACGCUGACAUUUUGUUCAAACAACUGCAAACCACUGACAUUGACUCUGGAAAAAUAAAAACAUGUAUUGAGCAGUUUCCAAGAUAUGUACAGGUUGCUAGAGAUAAAGUGGAGGACAUGUGUACUUCAGUGGAGCAAAGUGAUCAAAACAAAAGGAGAAAAUUAUCAUUUACGUCCAUAACUGCAAAUGCUUAAGAAGUCUGCGAUGCAAUUAUUGUUGGCAUUAAAGAUAGAUUUUCGUUUAAUGGCCAUUUGAUGGUUUCUAAACUUCUUCACGUCAAUAGUUUUCCAGUGUUUUCAAAUGCGUUGCCAGAAGAAGAAUUUAGAGUAGUUCUCUUGAAACAUACCCAUUUCUAUCAAAGGAGCAACUGCGAACAGAGCUGCAAGUUUUGUAUAGUAGGAAUGACUUUCAUCAAGCUGAUGGUGCUUUUGUUAUACUGCAGUUUCUUUUGAGCAAUAAUCUGGACCAGGACACAUUUCCUCAACUUAGUAGUCUUCUGAGGAUUAUUGUAACAACUCCCAUGACAACAAGUGAAGCUGAACGGUGCUUCUCUACUCUCAAGAGGGUCAAGAUGUUUCUUCGGAACACUAUGUCAGAAGAAAGACUUACUGCUUUAGCAAUGUUGUCAAUAGAAAAGACUCUAAUAAAUAGCAUGCAUGAUUUUAAUCAUAGAGUCAUCAACAGAUAAUCUGACACCAAAACAGGCUUCAAGAAUGCAGUAAGGUAGGAGGUCUUCUUUUUUUUUUCUUUAUGAGUGCAUAUGUGUUCGCAUGUGUGUAUGUAUGAGUGUGUGAACACCCAUAAUUUAACAUCACCGGCCGCUACUGCCGGUAAAAUUUCCAUUGCAUAAUGAAAAUACCGACUUUAAACCGCUUUUCUAAUUUGAAAGUACCGCUUUUUGCAUACUGAAAACACCGAAAUUUUGAAAACACCGAAAUUUUCUAGGCCCUAGCUAUAAGUGACAUGGAUGGCCCUUCUUUUUCUUCAUUCCCGCGCAUUUCUCCCUAUAUAAAGGCGAGGUCAUCCACCUGAAAGCAGUUGAUCGGCCCGACGGCCAGUGAGGCUGGAUUCCGCCCACUGGCCAUAGGACGAUCAUAGGGGGAGCAGCAGAACUACUGGCUAUCCGUUUUCUGCUGCUCGCACCCCUCCUUCGCGAGUCAGGCCAUCCGAGGACCUAUCUCGGCCUAGGGAAUUUGUCCACCCCCCCCCCCCCCCCCCCCCCCCUUUCUUGACGAUAGGGUGUACCGUGUAUCAAUCCAGUGUAUGUUGUGAAAGCCGACGCAGGCGACCAAUUAUACUGUUUGGACAUUCAGGUCAAUAAAAGUUCCGUGUAAAAUACCGACAUUAUUUUCAAUGAAUAGUUCUGUACCUCAGAGCUAAAACCACGUAAGACCAAAUUUAUGGAUUUUCAGUUAUUGGUGGAAUUGAACUCGUCUUUGUCGAUUCCAUCAGUGGCAAACUAGUGCAAGUCCAAAAUAUAAAUAGAAACAAAAAAAAGUAAAAUGAAAAUGAGCUAAGUCCACUCCUAUUAUGGAGCUAAAAUGUUGUAAGUCCUCUUACUACAAUAUGGCUCUAAGAAUUUUGCAGGUCAAACUAUGCAAGUCCACUUAUGUGGUUUUAGCUCUCAAUAGAGACAACACUGGGGAAGCAAGUCCAACAAAACAAAAUCCUUUAUUUUUUUAUUCUUUAUUUCCAAAUAGGUUUUGUCUACAAAACCCACAGUUAGUUCUUUUUUAUCUCCACUUGAGCUGAGCAUAGAGGUAUUGUAAUCAAUAAUAGCAUUAUUCUUUGUUCUGAAGCACAAGUGUGAAUGCAUUUGCAGUGUGUGGUUGUUUCUUUUGUGAUGUUUAUUAAUGUGUUCGAAACAUGGAAGCUUUCAGUAGAAGUCAGUUACUUAUAAAUUUAGUACUAAAGGAUUCUUAUGUAAACAAUGAUGUUUCACAUGAGAGCAAAGAACUAAAUAGUGUUAAUGAAGAUAUUAUUAAUGUAUUACCCAAGAGCAGAAGUUGCAGUCUUGUUCCAACACUGGCAGAAAAGGCUGUGGUUCCAACAAUGUUGACCGAUGAUGACACAAUGUUGACCGAUGAUGAUAACAACCCAAUGAUAUUGGACACGAUGAGUUUUAACAACAUAACCGCCUUAUCGCCCAUCGAUCAAGCAAGUUGCAGUUGGAUGUUCCCCACCAGAGAUAUAGAAAACAAAGUAUGUCAGGGUACUAAUGAAGGCAUUUUUGUCCCACCCGACAGCAGAAGAUCCAGCUCUGUUCCAACACUAACAGAACUUAAGGUUGUGGUUCCAACAUGGUCUGAAACAGAAAUGAAUGUUGGAGAUGAUAACCUGAAGACAGCAGAUAAUAUGGGUGUUAACUACAUGACUGCCUUAACACCUACCGAUCACGCAAGUUCCAGUUGUACGUUAUUUGUGUUUAGUUGUCUUGGAUUUUUAUUAUUCAUAUAUCUUAAAAUAUAAGUACUACGUUUGUAUGGUUCCUUAUAUUGUUUCAGAUUCUACUGCUCAUAUGAAUGGUUUUUCUACAAGUAGUGAUUCAUCGUUUACCAAGUUCGUGAAAGAACCAGAAGGGAUUGUUGAUAUUGAUGAUCCUUCACCAUCAACUUAUUUAAGCUGGGAAGAAAGCAACACUGCUGAGUUACACUUGUUAUCUUCAAGUCCUAUUACUGAAAUCUUAGGAUUUCCAGACCUUCAAGCACAUAAUGGUCAACCAAAUGUUGAAAUAAAUGACAUUCAGGCUCACAGAAAUAAAUCACUCGUUCCUUACGAUGAUAGCACUUCUGAAGAUGAUUUUCCAAAAGAAAAAAACAACCGAGGAAGGAAAAGGAUAAGAUGCGAAAAAAAAUGGAAGAAAAAUGUUAGAAAGGCAAGAAGAAUCAGUGGCAAAAAAUAUGUAAGUUGCAAGGGCACAGUAAUGGAGGCAAAAAUAUUAAAGCCUCCUUGCAAGGAAACAUGCAGGUUAAAGUGUACACAACGCUUUGACGAAAACAAUAGAAUACGUAUCCACAAGGAAUUUUGGGCAGAAGAUAGGUCAUGGGAUUCAAAGCGGCAGUAUAUCUCUUCUUGUGUAACAGCAAAACCAAUCAGAAGAUCUAGACCUAGAGACUUCUCAAGAGAGAAUGAAAGGACGAAGAGUAACACAUAUUCCCUCACUAUUGACAAUAAGAAAUUGGUUGUUUGCAAGGUGUUUUUUUUAAAUACCCUAUGUAUCUCAGAAAACUUUGUGAGAACAGCGCAAGCUAAGACAUCUGAAGUAGGGAUGGUUGUCGCUGACCAACGGGGUAGACAUGUUGCAGUGAAUAAAACACCCGAAGAGAUUGUCAAUGACAUUAAGAGACACAUUCGUCAAUAUCCUGCAUACCAAAGUCAUUAUGGUAGGGAAAGAACAUCCAAAAAGUAUUUGGGAAGUCAUUUGAAUAUUUCUAAAAUGUAUUCUUUGUAUGUUGAAGAAUGCAAGGAAUUAGGAAGAGAGUGUGGGAAAGAAUGGCUGUUCAGACGGAUCUUCAAUUAAGAUUUUAAUCUUGCCUUCCAUUUACCAGAUGUAGAUACGUGUGAUAUGUGUGACCGAUAUUUGUGUCUACUUAAGAAUACUUCAAGUGAAGAGGAAAUAAAUGAAAUAAAAGAAAAACAAAA